GCCAAAUAAAGUCUGACCUUGACGUACAGAAACAACAGAAAAAACUUGCCAAAGAUUUACACCUUAAACGAGUACAAUCGCUUCGAAAAGAAAUUGAUUAUUUAAAAUCUACGGAGUGGAGAUAUCACCGUCCUGCGGAAAGAAAUUGAAUAAAAAUGGUUUCAUUAAUAUACAAUGCACUCAAACGAGUGCUAACAUUCUCUCAAGAACCAGAACCUGAUUUAGCCGAUGUCAUACAACAAUUAGAGAAUGAACAAGAACAAAGUUUAGAUGCGUGCUUAGAGCAGGAAUUGAAUGAAGAUUUGGAGGGAUGUUUUCAUAAAACUGGAACAAUAACACAGAUUGAAUCAGACUACCUUGUAGUAGAUGAAAAGUACGUCUGUGAAAAAUCAAGAAUAAAUCAAGUGAACGGCAAUAUCAAAAUUGGAGCUAAAAUCUAUUAUUUAGGUUUCCGACGCUCUAAAAACGAUGAAAUAAAAGUAGUCAAAAUUCUGUCAGUUAACACUGACGACUGGAACAAUGAAGGUACCACUUGCGACAAAAAGGUUGUAAGAUCAGAUACAUUGAGUCGAGUUAUUGUGGGCAAAGUGAUAAAAAGGGAACUACGAAUGGUUUAUGUCGAACCUAAUCAAAUUACCUUCAGCUUAGACGAAGUCACCUCAGAGUUCAUUCCCGUAAUUGGAGACUGGUUAAAAAUUGAAUCUGUGGUCCAAGUCGAUGAUAACUUUGUAGAUUAUAGCGGUGAAAUACUCCACGUUGAUAGGAUCUUUCCACUUAGAUCAAAAAUCUUUACUGGAGUUGUUACCGUCUAUAAUAUAAAUUCUGGGAUUGGUACGAUAAACAAUAAUGUAGCCUUUAACAAAAUAGACUGUGAGCCUGGUUACAUUCCGUUUGUUGGAGAUAGGGUUAUUACGGAUUGUAUAGAAAGUGAUCAAGGUAAAAAUACUUGGAGGUCAUUGUCCAUUGUUCCGAUAGUUCAGCAGGCGGGAAAACAGCCAAUUCUCAACACUCAGGUGUCAGCUUGUGAUGAUAGCGACCAACGAGGAAUUCUAAAGGAAGAAAAAUACGGAGUAAUGAUAACCAGCAAUUUGACUUAUGAUUUACAACUGCUUGAAAAGCGAGAUAUCAUUGUGGAGAUAAAAAAUAAUGGGCAGCAUAAACAGACUAUAACAAAUGGAUUAUUUUUGUCAAAGAAAUCAAUGUCGCAGCUAAUUUUGGUGUAUCCGAACAUCAAUAGUACCAUAGAACUGAACCCCUCCGAAUCUAUCAGCUAUACAUUCAGGUGCCAUGCUAAAUUUAUCGGUUAUUCGGAAGAGGCGUUUCUCUUUGUUUUCAAACACUUCAGAGUUCGCCGUAUGUUUCGUUUUAACGUUUCUCUGAAGAAUUCCUCGAGGCAUGAGAUAAAAACCGAUCAAAGUGUAAAAGUAAACAAAUUGUACAAGCAAACUGAUAAAGAAAAUUCAAAGUAUGUGGUAGGUGUUAGACCCAGUUUGCCACCAAGAUUCAUUGCAGUUAGGCCUGGUAUUUUCAAUAUUCCCCAACGAUUGUGGGACGUUGUACUACGUUUGCAAAAUGAGAAAAAACCUCUAAUGGAGAGUGUUAUGGCUUUAGAGGAGAUGGAGCCGCUGUUGUCCAGUAAGCUGAACUUCAAGAAUUUUAAAGAUCGCUUUCACAUGCUAUUGUACCUGGAAAGUAUCGGCGACUCCAUAGAAAUGCAGCGCUAUGAUAUGAGUGGGGUGUUCAUGCGACCCACCAAAGAAUUUCUUGCUCUCAAAGUACCAGGGCUUGCAGAAAAACGACCAUCGCUCGUGGUCGGUGAUAAAGCAAUUAUCUCCUUCAACUGGGACGACAGCCAGGGUAAUUUAAUAUACGAAGGAUUUGUACACCAAGUGAAGAGUUCGGAAGUGCUCCUAAAGUUCAAUCCUGCGUUCCAUGAAAAAUAUAACGGUGCACGGUGCGAAGUUACCUUCAAAUGCUCCCUAACACCAUCGAAUCGUUGCCACACCGCCGUUAAUCUGUCUAUUCUUCACUUGGGUCCAGAAUUCUUAUUUCCAUCUAAAAUUGUACCAAAAGCACCGCAGUUAGACUUAUUAGAGUUAGACAGCGAAAGGGAAGGAGGUCAGAGCAACAAUGUAUUCAUGGAAAAAAAUGUUACGGCGGGAACCCCGAAAAAUUCGGACUUGGAAGAAUGUGCCUUACAGUUGAAAAAACGCAAAUUAGUGUGGUUCAACAAAAAGUUGAAUCGCUAUCAGAAAGAAGCUGUUCGAAACAUAUUGCAAGCCAAAGCACGCCCGUUACCUUAUGUAAUAUUUGGCCCUCCGGGUACAGGAAAAACAAUAACUCUCUGCGAGACAAUAUUGCAAACAUUUAAGAUCAUUCCUGAAAGUAGGCUGUUGGUUGCAACACCUUCAAACAGCUCUGCGAAUCUCAUAACCGAAAGAUUAUUGGAUAGCGGGGUACUGAAGCCUGGUGAUUUGGUGCGUCUCGUUGGCUUUCACUGCAUAGUAGAUAAUUCAAUCCCAGAAAAACUCCUCCCAUACUGCGCAGUGGGUGACAUAAGCAGGGAAGGAACAUCAAUUCAUUCCCAAAGUCAAGGCGAUGGCAUAAAACUAGGUUGCAGUACCAGCGUACUGGGUCGUCAUAGAAUCACAGUAGGCACUUGUAUAUCCUUAGGGAUAUUGUACAACAUGGGUUUUCCCCGUGGGCACUUUUCUCACGUAUUUGUCGACGAAGCAGGACAAGCAACUGAACCAGAAAUUUUAAUACCCUUGAAUUUCAUACACUCCGAUCAUGGACAAGUCAUUCUAGCCGGAGAUCCGAUGCAACUUGGACCUGUCGUUAGGAGUAGAUACGCAGAUCAUUUUGGACUUGGUUUGUCCUUUCUUUCUAGAUUGCUCCAAAGAUUUCCUUAUCAAAAAGACACGCAGGGGUUUGAAUGGGGAUAUGAUCCCAGGCUAGUUACAAAACUGAGAAUGAACUAUAGAAGCUUACCGGAAAUACUUCAUCUGCCUAAUUUGCUGUUCUAUGACUCCGAACUUGAACCGCAGAUCACAAGACAAGGAAAAGAAGGUGAUCUGCUCAAUUUAGUUGCAAGCGAUUUGCCUGAAAGGUCAACUUGUCCUCCGGCGAUAGUGUUUCAUGGAGUGCUGGGCCAGAAUUAUCAGGAUCCAGAUAGCCCAAGUUGGUAUAAUCCUGAAGAAGCAGCUCAGGUGUAUUUUUAUGUACUUAAACUGCAAAGCCACGGUGUUCAAUCCGAAGACAUCGGAAUCAUAGCCCCCUACACGAAACAGGUUCAUCAAAUUCGCGAUUUACUGUCAGAAAUGGAUAUGACUUUACCAAAAAUUGGCAGCGUUGAAGAGUUUCAAGGUCAAGAGCGAAAUGUGAUAAUUUUAUCUACAGUGAGAUCGAUAAGUGAUCUUGUUCAAGAGGACGUGAAGCGUUGUCUAGGAUUUAUUUCUUUACCUCGUCGAUUGAACGUUGCCAUUACCAGAGCUCGCGCACUUUUAAUUAUCCUCGGAAAUCCAUACUUACUUUCACAAGAUCUUUACUGGAGCACGGUAAUCUCCUACUGUGUUCAACAGAACUCCUAUACUGGCUGUGAUUUUCUCUCAUCAUCCUCAGAUGCGGAGUAAAAAUUUAACUCAAAAUUAUUAUCAAUUAAUUAUGAUGAAUUUUCAUAUGACGUUGGAAAAAAUAAUGUUCCUUAAUUAGCGAAUAGAUCCUGUGUUUUGCUAACUUCAAUCCAGAAUCCAGAACCCUUUUGCAACUUUCAUCAAAACGUGUCUGCAUAUGAUAUAGUUAUAGUAAAAAAACACUUGUUAAAAACUAGAUCACUUAGAAACAUAUUUGUUUUUUUAUCUCUGAAAAGAAGUGAAUGUUUAUAUUUUGAGUAGAAUAAUAAAACUUUGCCAAAUA